CCGUGUCCAUACAACAGACCAUGGCGAGGGGUCUAACAAUUUUGCUGUCCACGUUGGCUGUACUGCAUCUCACCAGAGCUGCGUCUAAUAGCUCCCUCAACCAGUUCCCGGAAGGUUUCCUGCUUGGAGCUGCCACAGCCUCCUAUCAGAUAGAAGGGGCCUGGAACGAGGAUGGUAAAGGCGAAAACAUCUGGGAUCAUAUGCUGCACGAACAUCCGAAAUUCUCAAAAAAUGGUGAUAACGGUGACGUAGCCUGCGACUCGUACCACAAGUAUGCUGAGGACGUCGAGGCUCUCAAAGGCAUCGGGGCGACCGCAUACCGCUUCUCCGUCUCGUGGGCGAGGAUUUUGCCUACAGGAGACCUGGACGUGAUCAACCAAGCUGGUAUCGAUUACUAUAACAACCUCAUCAAUCUGCUCCUCGAGAACGGCAUCGAACCAAUUGUGACGAUGUACCACUGGGACCUGCCGCAAGCUCUGCAGUACAUCGGAGGCUGGCCCAACCCCAUCCUAGCGGACUAUUUCGUUGAAUACGCCAGGAUACUUUUCCAGAAUUUUGGUGACAGGGUGAAGUGGUGGAUCACGUUCAACGAGCCCGUGGGAGUCACGAGCGGCUACUCGAGCGUGGGCGUGCGGGCGCCCUCUCAGAAUGCCCCGGGCAUCGGCAACUACCUGGCGGCGCACACACUCAUCCGCGCCCACGGGAAAGUCUACCGCCUGUACGACGAGCAGUUCCGCGCCACACAGAAUGGGAGUGUCGGCAUUACCCUUAGCACUGACUGGAAUGAGCCGGCGGAAGACACGCAAGAGUGCCGCGAUGCUCAGAGGCGGAAGUUCGAGUUUGAGAUGGGGCUGUACGGCCACCCGAUAUUCGUGGAUGGAGACUACCCGGCCGUGGUCCGCCAGAGGGUUGACAACAACAGCGCGGCAGAGGGGCGGCCGAGGUCCCGCCUGCCCAGCUUCACCGAAGAGGAGAAGCAGUACAUCAAAGGGUCGGCGGAUUUCUUUGGGCUCAACAGUUACACGACGAAACUAGUCAAGCCUGGAGAGUGGGGCGCCUCACCUUCGUUGGAACGAGACAGCGGAAUUACCAGUUCCUUCAACGAGUCGUGGCCAGAGAGCGCAGUACGGUGGCUCAGGGUGGUGCCAUGGGGAUUCCGAAAGGUGCUGAACUGGGUGUCCACAGAGUACGCAGGAUAUCCAAUCAUUGUAACGGAGAAUGGUUACGCAGACUAUGGAGAACUCGAUGACCAAGAGCGCAUCAACUACUACGGCAGUUAUCUGGCUGAAAUGCUUAAAGCUAUCAACGAAGAUGGAGUGAAUGUAUUUGGGUACAUGACAUGGAGCAUCAUCGACAACCUUGAAUGGACUUCUGGAUUCUCGGUGAAGUUCGGCGUCUAUCACGUGGACUUCAACAGCACAGAGCGAACGAGGACUCCCAAGGCGUCGGCGAAUUUCAUUGGUGGCAUUUACAGGAACAGGACUGUUCCUGAGGAGUACUUCUAAUUUUAAGUUCAGCCUUACACUCUGUAAUAUACCUUCUUCUUGGUAGAUAUUCGAAGUAACUCCUGACUCUUUUAGGUUUUCUUUCUCGACAAAAAUGUAUUUAACUUGUAUAUAGUCCUAGGUUUGUAUCAAUAUCAGUAUGAUAGGAAAUAUACUGCUAUUCCCUACCGUUUAUUUCCAUGAAAUCAUCACUAUAUUAGUUCAUUCUCUAGCAUUCUUUGGUAAAUGUCAACGCCUUGUUCACGUUAAAUGUGGCCACCUGCCCCAUG